GUGGUGGCUCCUGCCGAAGCACGCACUCAGUGAGUCAUAGAGAAAGAGUGAUAAGGAGUGGAGGAGCAUAGCUAGAGGGGAAGACACGAGAGAGAUGGAAAUGGAGAGGAGAUCAGUAGUGUAUGAUUCUGAAGGAGGUGAUGAUCAUGAGAGGCAAGGGACGGUGUGGACGGCGACGUCACACAUCGUGGCGGCGGUGGUCGGCUCCGGCGUGCUGGCACUGGCGUGGACGGUGGCGCAGCUGGGGUGGGUGGUGGGCCCACUCGUCCUCUUGGGCUUCUCCUGCGUUACCUACUACACCUCUACCCUCCUGGCCAACUGCUACCGCUACCCGGACCCCGUCUCCGGCGCCGUCAACCGGGAGUACAUCGACGCUGUCCGGUGCUACCUUGGCCGGAAGAACGUGCUGCUGUGCGGGUGUGCGCAGUACGUGAACCUGUGGGGCACGCUUGUGGGCUACACCAUCACGGCAAGCACCAGCAUGGUCGCGGUGAAGCGAGUCAACUGCUUCCACCGGUCGGGUUUCAGCACGACGGGAUGCAACUCGUCGGGGAGCACGUACAUGGUGCUGUUCGGCCUAAUGCAGCUGCUGCUCUCCCAGCUUCCCAGCCUCCACAACAUCGCCUGGCUCUCCGUCGUCGCCGUCGCCACCUCCUUCGGCUACUCCUUCAUCAGCCUCGGCCUCUGCGCCGCCAAGUGGGCCUCCCAUGGCGACGUGCGCGGCACCCUCGCCGGCGCCAGCGUCGACGCGCCCCGUGACAAGGCCUUCAACGUCCUCCUGGCCCUCGGCAACAUCGCCUUCUCCUACACCUUCGCCGACGUGCUCAUCGAAAUCCAGGACACUCUCAAAUCUCCUCCCGCGGAGAACAAGACCAUGAAGCGCGCGUCGCUCUACGGCCUCAGCAUGACCACCGUCUUCUACCUCCUCCUGGGCUGCACCGGCUACGCCGCCUUCGGCAACGAUGCCCCCGGGAACAUCCUCACGGGUCUGGCCUUCUACGAGCCCUACUGGCUCGUCGACGUCGCCAACGUGUGCGUCAUCGUGCACCUCGCGGGCGCCUACCAGGUGUUCGCGCAGCCCAUCUUCGCGAGGCUGGAGAGCUACGUAGCGUGCCGGUGGCCGGACGCCAAGAUCAUCAACGCCACGUACUAUGUGCGCGUGCCGGGCCGGCCGUCUUCGUCAGUGCCGGUGGCGCCGCUCAAGCUGGUGUUGCGCACCGUCAUCAUCAUGUUCACCACGCUGGUGGCGAUGCUGCUGCCGUUUUUCAACGCCGUGCUGGGGCUCAUCGGCGCGCUAGGCUUCUGGCCGCUGUCCGUCUACUUCCCUGUCAGCAUGCACAUCGCGAGACUCAAGAUCAGGCGCGGCGAGGGGCGGUGGUACUGGCUGCAGGCCAUGAGCUUCGUCUGCCUCCUCAUCUCCCUCGCCGCAAGCAUCGGGUCCGUGCAGGACAUCGUGCACAACCUCAAGACCGCCACCCCCUUCUAGAAUGUCGACUGAUUAUUAACGAGUACUCCAUAUUUGUAGUCGACGGAUUAUUAACUCGACUGAUCUGAGGGACCCAUGCAAAGGUGGCCUCACUUCUCCUUUUUGGCGUUAAUUUGAUUGAUCGAUCGAUCGAUCCAUCAAGUCCAUCCAUUUUUCUUGA